AUGUGGAAGUUUGAAUGAAGGUGAUGCUCUGACUGAAGCUGGAGUUCUGUGCAUCGGGUAUCUGCCAGACGGAGUUUAUACCGGGUUUUUUGUCAAACACUGGGAACUUAUACGUGGGAAUUUGGUAGGGGAUGACCAUCCUCUUCCUUCUGUGUCUGAAGCUUGGCUGUCCGUUACAUGCAGCAUUCCUUCUUCGAUUGUGCUUAUAGCUGAUGAAACCAGGUUAAUGAAUGAGCGUGAUGUUAUUAGAGCAGCAAUUCUAGCUGAUCGUAGUUCAGAGAAAUUGCGUGAUGUGCCUAUUACUGUGGCAAAUGGGCACACUAUUCGGCUAUCUGCUGUUGGAAUCGAUGAUUCAGGGGAACCUUUUGCAAACUCAUCUUCUCUCAGUUUGAGUUGGGGGCUUAACAGUUGUGAUGGACUAGCAUUAUGGGAUGAUGCUUAUGAUAUAGUGGAGCCCAACAGUUGGGAGAGAUUUUUGGUCUUGCAAAAUGAAUCAGGACUGUGCAUUGUUCGUGCAACUGUCACUGGCUUUCAUGAUAGGUUGCAAAGUAAAACCUUUCAUCAUUCUCCUGAAUCUGAAAUUAUUCUGACAGAUGCAGUUCGUCUACAGGUACUUUUUGCUGGAAUUAAUUGUUCUUCAAGCUGA